CAGCGGCCAAGAAGGUGUGGGGCGUGCGGCGGCGGCUGGUGCUGCUGUUCACGCCGCUCGCGCUGCUGCCGGUGGUCUUCUUCCUCCCAAUUAAGGAGGGCCGCUGCCUGUAUGUCAUCCUGCUCAUGGCGGUGUACUGGUGCACGGAGGCCCUGCCCCUCUCGGUGACAGCCCUGCUGCCCAUUGUCCUCUUCCCCUUCAUGGGCAUCCUGCCCUCCAGCAAGGUCUGCCCCCAGUACUUCCUGGACACCAACUUCCUCUUCCUCAGUGGCCUGAUCAUGGCCAGCGCCAUCGAGGAGUGGAAUCUGCACCGCAGAAUCGCCCUCAAGGUCCUGAUGCUCAUUGGGGUGCAGCCGGCCAGGCUCAUCCUGGGGAUGAUGGUGACCACCUCAUUUCUGUCCAUGUGGCUGAGCAACACUGCCUCCACCGCCAUGAUGCUGCCCAUAGCCAAUGCCAUCCUGAAGAGUCUCUUUGGCCAGAAGGAGGUUGGAAAGGACCUCAGCCAGGAGAGAGAAGAGAACACAGCUGCGGUGCGGAGAAAUGGCCUACCAGCUGUGCCCAUGGAGAUGCAAUUUCUUGCCAGCACAGAAGACAAAGGCCACGCGGAGGAGGUGGAGGCUCCCCUGGACCUGCUGGCAGACUCCAAGGAGGAGGAAUACCGCAGGAACAUCUGGAAGGGCUUCCUCAUCUCCAUCCCCUACUCAGCCAGCAUCGGGGGCACGGCCACCCUCACGGGCACGGCCCCCAACCUCAUCCUACUUGGCCAGCUCAAGAGUUUCUUCCCGCAGUGUGACGUGGUGAAUUUUGGCUCCUGGUUCGUUUUCGCCUUCCCUCUCAUGCUGCUCUUCCUGCUGGCAGGCUGGCUGUGGAUCUCCUUCCUGUACGGGGGCAUGAGCUUGAGGAGCUGGAGGGCGAAGAAAUCUUCAAUAAGAGCUGAUGCCGAACACAGGGCUCUAGGUGUGAUUCGAGAAGAAUUCCAGAGCCUGGGGCCCACCAAGUUUGCCGAGCAGGCUGUUUUCAUUCUUUUCUGCAUGUUCGCCGUCCUCCUCUUCUCCCGGGAUCCGAAGUUCAUCCCUGGCUGGGCCAGCCUCUUCACUCCCGGGUUUCUUUCUGAUGCUGUCACCGGAGUGGCCAUUGUCAUCAUUUUGUUCUUCUUCCCAUCCCAGAAGCCCUCCCUCAAGUGGUGGUUUGACUUCAAAGCUCCCAGUGCGGAGACAGAACCCUUGCUGACCUGGAAGAAGGCCCAGGAGACAGUGCCCUGGAACAUCAUCCUUCUCCUGGGAGGGGGCUUCGCCAUGGCCAAAGGCUGUGAGGAGUCGGGGUUGUCUGUGUGGAUUGGCGGGAAGCUGCACCCCCUGGAAAACGUGCCCCCUGCACUGGCUGUGCUGCUCAUCACAGUCGUCAUCGCCUUCUUCACCGAGUUUGCCAGCAACACUGCCACGAUCAUCAUCUUCCUGCCGGUGCUGGCCGAGCUGGCCAUCCGCCUGAGGGUGCACCCCCUGUAUCUGAUGAUCCCCGGCACAGUGGGCUGCUCCUACGCCUUCAUGCUCCCGGUCUCAACGCCCCCCAACUCCAUUGCCUUCUCCUCUGGACAUUUGCUGGUCAAAGACAUGGUGCGGACAGGCCUCCUGAUGAACUUGAUGGGCGUCCUGUUGCUCAGUUUGGCCAUGAAUACCUGGGCACAGACCAUCUUCCAGCUGGGCACCUUCCCGGAUUGGGCCAAUGUCCACUCAGUCAAUGUCACAGCACUGCCACCCACCCUGGCCAACAACACAUUUCAGACCUUCUGAAUUCCUGUGAGGGACUCCCUUUAGGUUGGGCCCUCCCAGAGGGCUGUCACCACCCCCUUGCUGCUAGGACCCUAUAGGACAAACAAUUCUUUUCCGUAAUCCAAUAUGCAGCAAACAAGGAGGGUGACCUCCAGUGGUCCACUCGGGACCACAGACUCAUUCUCUAGGACACUUUCCCUUUCUCUCUGAUACACUUCAAGGCUGGGAUAUCUCCCAGAUCUGCUGCCUGAGAAACAAGCUCCUUUGUCUGUGAGGUGUUAUGUGAUUAGGAUGCAAGAGAGCCUGAGUUUAGCAAUGCUCAGCAAAUCUGGAAUGGCAUUUGUCUUGUAUGGUGGGGACAGGAGGCCAUCCAUCCCCAAAGGCACAGCUGAUAUUAUCCCCCACUGAGUACUUUAGGUUACACUCUGGAAAGAUCUUCUUAUCUGAAGGAUCACUUUACUGGGAGAGGCUUUGGGGCUGCAAUGUCCCAGCCAGUCCAGCUUUUCACACCAGUGUGAGUUCUGCUUGGUCUUUGCCACCGCCGUUCUGUGGCAGUUGUUUGACUAGUCCUUUUAUUAACACACACCCGCCAGGGACGUUUUUUUAGAGUCCCUGGAGACAGCAGGUGGGAGGGACAAGUGAGGGGAAUUCCCAAGGACAUAGAGACUGUGAAAAGCCUUCUUGCUGUUUCUCUAGGCUCCCAAGUACUCCAGGGGAGUUCUAGAAAUCUCAGCUGCCAGCUCUGCCCAGGAAGUUUAGUAUUCUCCUGUUUAAUCUGAUUCAGUUUGGCCAUAAUUCUGGGAUCAGGUCAGGCCUGGGCCCUACCUUCUCGCAGGGGACCCAUGACCCCUCCAGCCGGGACCCUCAGGGACCUCUAUGGCUGCAGCAUGGCCUGUUGCUUCUUGUCUCCACAGCUGGUCUUCAUCUCCUUACCCCCACUCCAAGUGAUAGGCAUUUUAAUUAGCAAAGGCCACAUUUUUAAGGGUGAGAGAAAAGUCAAAAGAUAAAUCGGGGCCUUGUAAAAAAGCCAGGGUAAAACGUCUCAGGCAGGUGAAAUAUUGUCCCCUUCUACAGAUGGGGAAAACUGAGGUAUUUCCAUGAACCCCAGGGCUGGAGAGGGCUAUCCUAGAGGAUUGAGCCCCUCCUUGCUUCAAGAGGAACCAUCAUGGCAUCAGCAGAGAACAGCUCAUCAUUCAGCCAGACUCAGGAAUGGCGCUGGCUCUGUUAACCUAGCAUUGGACAAGGCACCAGCCCAGGGACCCUGAACUCCUCCACCUGUGCCUUCCUAUGCCUCAGGGGCGGAGUUCCCCCCCCCCCCAAGAGUGGUAGAGGCAGCACACAGGGGCUGAACUCCUUCCUGAUACAGCACAAAUGAGUCACAGGUGCUUCCCAGAGAGCAGGGGGCCGGCCCUUGAGUUGGAGGUUGAGCUCCACCUCCUUUCCAAGAGAGCACAGCAGUAUUUAAUCACAGUUCCAGCCCACUGCGGUUGGUAGGUGGUGCCCUUGUGUGGGCCAAGGGGGGGAGGGUCAUUCACCAAGAAACCCAUGGGUUUUGUAACCAGAUGAAUCAUGAUUCCAAAUACUUCUGAUCAAAAACACUGUAAAAUAAAGAAUGUUAAUCAA